UUGUUGAACUAUCAGUUAUACUUUCAUAAAGAGUUUCAGAUUUUAUUGAAAAAAAUCAACAAAAUGAAUAUGUUUUAAAAGAAAAAUAUAAUGAAAAUUAUUUAUUACAACCUCAUUGCAUUCAAAUUCUUGGUGUCUUCUUAUUAUUAGAUAUUGAUGGUGAAACUAAUUCAAUACCAUCUAAUCAUCUUGAUGAAAUUUUAAUAGGCCAAGGAAAAUCUUGGACAUUAGCACUUUUAGCUGGAUUUUUUAGUUUAAGUAAUUAUCAAGUUACAGUUGCUUGUUAUAGCGAUUAUUUAUCUCAACGAGAUGAAAAAGAUUUUAAAUAUUAUUUGGCACCUUUUAAAUUUACAAAUUAUGUUAAAUAUAGAACACUGAGUUAA